AGGCGCAGCUCAGCUCAGCUCGGCUCGGCCAAGUUGGUCUCAACUCCUGGCGGCCCAUCGCAUUCCGUGGCCAGUCGCAGCGCGAGUCGGUUAGCCAGGUCGGACCAAUCAACUCCCCAGUUCCCUCUCCUCACUAGGCUCAAGAAAAAUAAAAAAAAAUAUAUAUAAAUAAAAAAAAAAAACUAACCAUUAUCCUUCCACACAAUACACGUCAAUUUUUUUCCCGUGCCUUGUUGCCCUUUCUUCCGCCCAGUGUGCGUUGUGUGUUUUGUUUGGCUUACGUGAUUGAAAUUGAGACAGUCAGGACAUCAUGAUUGUCAACAUGCCCGUCAAUGGCACGGGCAGUGCAUCCAGCCCCACAUCGAAUCCCAGCAAUAACAACAACAACAAUAGCAACACCACCAAUCAAAAUAAUAGCAAUGGUAAUCUAACCGGCGAUUAUAGCUUCCUGAAGCGCAAGUACGACGAUCAGGAGGAUCUGGCAUUGGGUCAGGAUUACGAGCCCAUCGAAUCGAAUCCGUGGAAGAAGCGCCACCUGGACUACGAUGCCGGCGAUCUGCAGUUCCAUCUGCAGCUGGAACAGCCACCCAGCAAUCCGAAUCCCACGCACGCUGCACCCGCCCAAUCCCAAUCCUCGGCCUCCUUCAUCAACGAUCUCUUCGCCUACGAUAGCAGUCUACUGGUGCCCGCCGCCGCCUACUCCCAUUGCCCCCCAUCGAGUGCUCCGCUCGAGGACAAUGGGGGCUGGACGGGUGGCGAGCUCUUGGAGCUGGAUCAUCGCUAUAACUCCGGUCUGCAAACGGAGUUGGGUCAAUUGAAUGCCACUCUGCCGCCGCCGCCACCCACAUCAUCGUCAUCAGCAUCAUCAGCAUCACAGAAUUCGACGCAGCACAGCCAGAAUCCUGGCCAGAAUCCAAAUCAAAAUCAGAAUUUUCUGGUGCCACAGAAGCAGCGGAUAUUGUCGGCGGGUCGACGCACCUCAUCCGGUUCGGCAAGUGGUGGCAAUGAAGCCACCGAGGCGGAUUUCGAGGAUAAGAACCUGUCCUGGCUGCUGAACUUCAAGUUCGACGAGUUCCCGCACCUGUCGCCGCACAAUCAGGUCCACGGACAGGCGGUCAAUCUGCCGGAGGGCAGUGCUCCUCCCCAUCCGCCUCCCCCGACGUCGGUGGCGAUCAGCACCUCACCCUGCAGUUCCGCCUCGCCCACAUCCGCCUCCGUCCUAUCCGCCGCAUCUGCCACGACCUCGAAUCAUUCCCUGGGCUCGGGGCUGAUGGAUCAACGGGCCAGAUCGCCCAAGAGCUGCUCCAGUGCGGCGAUGCCAACGAGUGGUGGGGCAGGAGGCUGUUCUGGUUCACCCACAGCCGGAGUGGGCACCACCAAGACGGGACGGAAGUUCGAGGAGCUGGUCAUGGAGGUCACCUCGGAGCUGGACGGCAACGACAUGAUCGUCGCCGAGCACGUCGUCGUCGAGGACACAUCUUGCAAGGCGCCAAAGAAACCACCGUUCACCUACACGGAGCUCAUCGAAUACGCCCUCGAGGACAAGGGUGAGCUGACUGUGUCGGGCAUAUACCAAUGGAUAUCCGAUCGCUUUCCCUACUACAAAUCCAAUGAUGACCGCUGGAAGAACUCGGUUCGACACAAUCUCUCGAUUAACCCACAUUUUCGCAAGGGCGUAAAGGCGCCCCAAGGAGCCGGUCACCUGUGGGCCAUUUCCAGCGGAGAUUCGGCGGAGAAUGUCCUGGCCUGGGAGCAUAAGAAGCAGCGUCUGGACUUGUUCUUUAAAAUGGAGUCGAUCAACCGAGAGCGCAUACAGCAGCACCAGCAGCAGCAGCAGUUGCAGCAGCAACACCAGCAGCAGCAGCAACAGCAACAGCAUCAGCAGCAACACUCGCCGCAACAGCAGCAGCAACAUGCCACACAGGCCAGCAGUUGCCUGUACGAUGAAGCGGCGGUGGCAGCGGCCACUCUCACCCAGGAAAUGAUGCAGUCGUCCAGUGGCUCAGGCGGCGGUGGUGGCAGCGAGGCCACCCAUCAGCACCACCAGAACCACCACAACCACCAGCAUCACCACCAAAGACUGUUGCCCUUCAACGAUCUGCUGAGCGACGAUGAGCUGCGAAAGACGGCGGGUCAAAUACUAAAUGGAAUCCAUCGCGAGGUGGAGGUGCAGUCGGUCAACUCCAUCAUUAGCACUUACCACGAUGUCCUGCUGGACAAUGAAGACUAUCUGAAUCCCAUUCACAAGGAUGUGGUGGUCACGGAAAGUGUCCUGCGGCAGCAACACGGCAACUUGGGCGGCGGCAGCAACAACCAUUUGGGCGGCAGCGGCCACAUGGGCAGCGGCAGCGGCAACUCGCAGUACUACAUCACCGAAAUCGAUCCCAUGGAGCUGGGCAUCCAGAUGUCGCACCAUGUGGAACCCUCCGAGGAGGAGGUGCUCUUCAGCGACGAGUUCAACCUCAACUACUUUGGCUACAAUCCCGGCAGCGAUAUAGUCGCUUGACCGCGCAGACAACAGACCCCAGUUUCAGCUCCUCCAGCUCCCGCUCAGCCAAGCAAUUGAAAUAUACAUAUAUAUAUACUGCAUAUAUAUUGCUCGAUCCUGCUCCAUGCCAUGACAACAAUCGUAAUUGUAGCCGAUCUACUCAUAAGCCAACUCUAAACGAAUACUAGUCACACUUGAACAACACUUACAUGUAACCACCUAAACCAAAGGCCCCAUUUACCAUUUACCAUUUAGACCCUAUGUAUAGUCUAGUCUUGAGUGUACCAAUACCCUACCCCUACUCCCAUCAUUUUUUUUUGUCUAUACUUUAGUUCAAUACCUAGUCGAUAAGUAGCUUGCUAGCCUUAAGUACUUAUUCGUAUAUCAAUGUAUCUAUCUGCAGAUAUUACAUACAUACUUAGCUCUUGCUCGUCUCCGAAUUUAGUUAAGUGUUUUUACAUGUAGCCGAAUAUCCGUAAACAAUACCAGGCAGAUUGAUCUCCUC